CCCCUUGGAGGAAAUGUAGGCACAGAGGCGCUCAGGGCUGAUCGCCGCCACUCUCUGAUCGGGAACCCGCACGCAUUCUUUGGGCAAUAAUAACAAGAAAAGACUCCAGGACGCCAUCAUGAAAAUGUCCAGCAUCGACUGCCGCCGUCUGAGGAAGAUGAUCAGGAAGGAGGACUGCCUUAUCUUGGAUUGCCGACCUUAUCUGUCCUUCACCAACUCCCACGUCGAAGGCUCCGUCAACGUCAACUUAAACUCGGUGGUGGUGCGGAGGUCGCGGGGAGGACCGGUGCCUCUGCAGUUCGUCAUCCCGGACGAGAGGGCCCUCCGUCGGCUACGGGAGGGGAGCAUCUCGGCGGUGGUCGCGCUGGACGACAGGACGUCCCACUGGCAGAAGCUGAGGAAGGACAGCGUAGCACAAAUAGUAAUAAACACCUUGUCUCACCUGGCCAGCGGGACCAACAUCUGCUUCUUGAAAGGAGGAUACGAGAACUUCCACUCACAAUACCCAGACCUUUGCACUGAGGUGAAAAGCAUCGAGCAGAGCGGAUGCGAAAGCGAAAAACGGGCCAACAGCGAGAAACUGUCUCACCUCAAACCGGAUUAUGAUCAGGGUAGACCUGUCGAGAUCCUGCCUUUCCUCUACCUCGGUAGUGCCUACCAUGCCUCCAGGCAGGACUAUCUCGCCGACCUUCACAUCACUGCCUUGCUCAACGUGUCGCGCAGGGACAUGCAGCCGGCUAAGGGCCGCUACGACUACAAGUGGAUCCCGGUGGAGGACAACCACAUGGCGGACAUCAGCUCCCACUUCCAGGAAGCAAUAGAAUUCAUCGACCACGUGAAGCAAACGGGGGGAAAGGUCCUGGUCCACUGUGAAGCGGGCAUCUCACGUUCCCCCACCAUCUGCAUGGCGUACAUCAUGAGAACCCAGCAGCUGAGACUGGAUGCAGCAUUCGACAUCAUCAAGCAGCGGCGGGCCGUGGUCUCGCCCAACUUUAGUUUCAUGGGCCAGCUACUGCAGUUUGAAUCGGAGGUCCUUUCCACGGCGCCGGCGCACGCCGCCACGCCAGAGCCCACCACGCCGUGCGUCCUAGAGUCUGCGUCCUUCUUCGCCAGCGACAUCACAGCUUUCAACACCAAAUCCUUCGAGCCAUCUGUAUUCACGUUCCCUACCUCUUGCCUGCAGUCCCCGGUCCGCCACCAAUUCACACUGAGCCCAAUAACUGCACUGCCUUAAAAAAAAAAAAAAAAGCCACACACAACCGAAAAGAACGGACUGCUUGUAGUGUUACUUGAAAAUGGAUUCAGAUGUAAAGGUCCCUGUUUGCCUGGGCUCGACACCAGCAGAACACUCGGAGAUCCACAUUUCAUAGGACGACACUGACGUUGUCUGUACUGCAGCGACUUCAACUAGCAAUAUUCAUGCCUUAGGUUGAUAGCGUGAUUCCUCUGUGUAGUCACAAAUACGGCGAAGCAUUUGAAUCUAAUUUAUUUAAAAUGGCAAUAUUUGUGAUUUUUGUUUUUCCAAUAAUGUCAACGUGUUUAAUAAAAGGUUUCUGUUGAAAAUG